GUGGCUGCCAUAGCAACAAGAAAAUGCUGAGUGAAGGCCUGAGUGAACGCUUCCAUGAAUUAAGAACACCGCAAUUUGUAUUUGCAUAAUACGCAGAUAAUUGUGUUGAAAACUCUUAUAAUGGACCAGCCGUCCUAUAACUUCGCACUGACUUCGAUAUAGUUUUAUUUUGACUGAAAAAUAAGCAUAUUAUUCCGUAGCUACAAUGGUAGACACGCGUGUGCUUCCCAGUGGUAAAGUUUACCGGCAGAUGUUUGACGCUCAGGUUCAGCUGUCUCUGGCUCUCUUUGAGUCGCGGAGGAAGCGCGUCGGGGACGAGGGCGACUGUCUGCUCAGCGGAGACGCGGCAGACUCAGCGUCACAGCAGCUCAAUGCGACGUUCAACUUCACCACACAGAACACACUUUACUCUUGUGGAAAAAGAAAUGAGGACCAGGAUGAUAGUGAGGAGGUUUGGGGUCUUCCAGACACUGUUGUUCCAGAGAAAAAAACCUCAGACAUCAUUGAUCGUCUUGCGGAGAAAAGGCGAAGGGAUCACAACGAAGCUGUUUGUCAGUUGCAGACAGAACUCUCCAGCAUCAGUGUGGGUUUUGAACCAUUAUUCAGACAGACAGGAAAGGAUAUGCUUCUCAGAUUGUCAGAGCAUAAUGACAAUACUGAAAACCUUAUGCAAAAGAUCGAAAACAUCUCUGAUUUGACAGCACACAGCUAUCAGGACAUGCAUGACAUCUGGAACAAAGUCUGCUAUGAAUCUUCCUUGAAAAGAAAGUGGAUUAAAGAGCUAGAUGAGAUAUAUGCCAAAUAUGAAUCUGAGAGAAAAGCUAUGAUUUCAGCAUUAUUGAGAAAGUCCACAACAAAACUGGAGAAAAUCAGUUAUUUGAUGCCAUGUGAUGUCCACAGACUGAUUGACAGUGAAGCCAUGAUGAUAAACCAAGCUCUGCUAGCAAAUCAGCAUGCUUUGGCCAAACUGUGCUUGAAUUUGAUGGAGAAACAUUUGCAGAUGGACAUUUCCCAAAGGCUGAGAUGGGAGGAAAAGCUCCAAGAUUGGAAACAAAUAAAACUUAAUGACACAGUUACCCGGUUCAGAGACGUUAUGAACAGCCCUGACAUUCAGAACCCUAAAAACAUUCAAGAUACUCUGAGCACUUUGAAGUCAGAUCAGAAAACACAGAGAGAUAAACGCAUCCAAACGCUGGAGAUGAUUAGAGACAUGAAGCCUCCAAGAAUCUCAAAGUCAUCAGUUGCAGAGUGGUUUUCAGCCCUGUCUGUCAUCAAUGAGCAAAUAGAUUGUAUUCACAUUGCCACAAUGGAAAAACUUCAUAAAAACUUUGAGAACAACUGGCAAGUAUGUUUGGCAGAGGUUGAUCUCUUUAAGACAGAGGUGUCCACAUACGGAUUCACCACCGACGAAAUACAGAAUAUUGUUAACGUGGAGAUACUACCUCUCAUUGGCCAGCGCCAAUCACAAACUGAGAUCUAUUUAGAAAAACUUGACAAAGCUUUUGAGUGUUUAGCCAAAACCGCAGCUUAUGACAGUAAGUGCCUGUUCAAGUUUAUGUGUGGGGCAGCUCAGCUAUGGGAAAACCACUGUGCAGGCAUGUUGAACAGAGAACAGCAGCUACAAAAUUCACUGGAGUCCCUCAGUCAAGUCCACGAACUAGAGAACCAGAGGAAAGAGGCCCAGCUGGAUAUGAUGUUGGACAAACUCAGGCAGGAAAGCUCAGAAGAAGCUCUGAAAGCCUCUUUAAAGAAGACACUAAACUAUUUGGAAGAGGUUAAGAAUGGGUAUAUGAGCAUUUAUAAAGAGGAAGUUGAAACUGUGGAGUCCUACCCGUCGUUAGUCUUGCAGGAAUUACAAGCAUACAGUCAUUCUGUCAGCCAAUUUUUUAAUGUCAAAGAGAUUUAUGGCCAGGACUCAAAGGGUUUUUGUCAACUUUAUCCCUCUCUUAAACUUAGUCGAAGCAUGACAAAUAUUAAAAAUGAAAUAUUGGAUGCAGAAUUUGAGGUGAAACACAGAGGCUCACAAAAGCCACAUUUCAACCAUCAAGGAACAUUCAGCUGGUCCAGUGCAAUGGAUGUCCAAGAUUGUAAGGCUUUAGAAUUUUCAGUCUCUCAAACCAAAGAGACUCUCACUACUGUAAAAGGAAAUGUGUACAACUGCUAUGGGUUUCACACUACCCACGAUGAGGAACAAGAGACACACCUUAAGGAAACUGAGCUGGUUUUCUACCCAAAGGCUCUCAUUGUUGAAUUGCUAAAAGAUGUAAGACACACAUUUUUCAGCCAUCUGGAAGAGAGGUUUCAUAUUACUCUAACCAACACUAUCACUGUGGUGGAAGCCAAAAAAAGGAAACUGAAAGCUGAGCUGGAUCUUCGCCUACAGCUCCACCAACCACGUGCUGCAAGAAUAGAGAUGGGCAUUCACAAUGUCAGAGCAGCUGAACUAGUGCUACAUCGAGAACGCAUGGAUCGACACUGCAAGGGUAUACUGGACGUCCUAGAAGACUGCCGGACAGGAGUACAGGAGUUACAGAUCCAGCAAAAUAAACUGACGAAAGACUUCCUAAUGCAAAUCUACAAUAGAGAGAAAGAUUUUACCAUUGCCACCAAUUCCGAAAAGAUAAAUAAACUCCGUACCUUGCUUCAAACCAACCUGAACAAGCACAUCUGUAUCAUCCAGACUUUACAAAGAGACAUUAGACAGAAGACAGAGUUCAGAUUGGAGGCCCUUAGGGACUCAAACGUUCAGAUAAUGAGAUCUUUCAAAUUGUUUUCUGAGGGUGGGAAUUUUACACCCCAAGAAAUUGAAGUCUUUCAUUCACAUCUGGAAAAAAUGGACAAGCGCAUUGAUUCUGCAGAGUGGGCCGUAAUUCAGGACAUGGAAGAAAGAGAAACAAAGUGUCUGGAGCAGGCCAAGGAUACACUCAGGAAGUUUGAGGAAAAAUUCAGUUUUCUUGCUAUCGAUCUGAAGUUUCUUGAAAAAAUGCAACAAAUUUUUACAAAUACACGGGUCCAGAUCAGAGGCGAGGCUUUUAAGAGUAACAUGCAGAAAAAGGCGAUUGACAGCAUGCUGAGUAAUUUAAAGGAAAUAACUGCUGACUAUGAUCAACCCAGGUCCAAUAAGAAGAUUGUAAACAAAGUGGAGAUAACCAGUUUGACAACUUCUUUGAUGGAGGAAGUAAAGAAGAGGUGUCAGUACCUUGACUGCUUCUUGGAUGCCUCUAUGGCUGUUCCCCGACCAAAGACUCCACUUCAGGGGGCUUUUGCAGUUGCAGCUCGCCCUAGGUCCCAUAUACAGGAAAAAACAGUCAGUCCAGAUGGAGAUGGCCUGCUCCAUCCUAGCCGCAUUGGAGUGUCCUUCCUGGAUGAUGCGGCUGUGGGGGUUAUCAAAGGCCUGCUCAAGGUAGGCAAAGCACAAGACCUCAAGGAGGCAAACUUUGACCCGAUAGAAAGACGCUCUUCAGCAGCAAGGAUAAACUCCCCUCUUGGAUCAGAUUGGAGGUCAGGAAAGAGCCCCAGUCAGUCUGGAAUAGAGACUCUGCGCAGAAAGUCAGUGGAGUCAAUGACUACCCAAAGUUUAAGGAGAAUCUCCAAACCCAACCGCUUUGAUAAGAAGUUCCUUAUUUUUGGCUCAAAACCUGAAGAGCAGCAGGACAGUGUUCCCUUUAAAGCCUCAAUCACCAAUAUUCUGUGGAAAGCCAAUGAUAUUCUCCUCUUGGUGGCAGAGGAGUUCUAUAAGAAGAAAGAGCGCCGCUCUAUCACUCGGCCUGAGCAACUGCAGGAGACAUUUGAUCAGUGUGCAGAGGAGAUACACAAAAGACUUCUUAGCUACCAGAGCCAGUCACAUGAUUACCACAACAGCUGUCUGCAAGAAUUUCAGCUCCAGUUGAAGGCCAUUGAAGAGUUUCUGAGCAGCGUACCAGAGAAGCUUUUUUCUAAACUAAGAGAUCAAUACCUUGAGGAGCUGAUGCAAAACAUGACAGAAAUUCAACACCAGUUUCAACUAGCUCAGCAGCAGAGUGAACAAAAGCGGAGGGAGCACAGUGGUCAGUUGAGUGUUCGUCUGAGCCAUCCGGCCUGUGAGACAGAACUGAAGCAACUGAUGCUGGCUGAGGAGGAGAGACAGACAAAGCAGAGACAAGCCAUCCAGAAUACCAGACAGGAAGUUCAGGCCUGUGCACUCAAAAAUGCAGAAGAAUUUGUCACUGCUCUUGCCAGGUUGGCAGAGACCUUACUCUUCCAAUUCGAUAACCUCAUAACCAUUCAUGAGGUUCAAGUGGGAUAUGCUGAACAAAAGAAAGCUAAUAUUGCUACACUCAUCCGCCAAACACAAACGGACCUUCUGCUGGAAAACAAGAGCAGUACUCUGAUGCAGAAAGGCAGCAGAACAUGGUCAGGCAUUUGCUACUUUGGAUCCACUGAUGGCAGCUCAUUUCAUAAACAAUCUCAGGAAACGGCCACCAUCACAACUGCUAAAACCACACUAGGGCAUCUUAAGGCCAUUGAGGAGCGAGACGCAGUGCAUGAGAACUAUGGGCAGAGGGUUCAGGAGGAGCUGUUCAAAGCCCAGCGAGAGUGUGACGCUCAAGAAAGACAACAGCAGCAGUGGCAUGACCACUGGCAGAGUCAGCUAAAAACCCUCGCUUCACUCAACUCUGAAUGACCAUGAGACAUUUAUGAACACUGACAAUCUAAGCCGAGGCAUUAAACAGCCUCAAAGAGAAAGGACACUACACUAAACUACAUGGACUUCUCUUUCAACUGUGCUAACUCAACAUUUACACGCUAAUCUGUUCCAUGAUGUUGGAUUCAUGCAUGGAUUAAAAUAAUGGCUGUUAUGAAUAGGCUAAUACAAAGUUUGAUGACAUAAAAAAUGUUUAUUCCAUAUUUUCAAGUUUAAUUGGUAACUGUUGUGCAAUGAUUAAAUAAAAGCAAAUUCUAAUAAAUGCAA